GACGAGCGGCGCGCGGCUGCCCCUGCCGGCGGCGUGGGGUCAGGCCUCCGCGCUGGCCCGCCUUCCCCACGACGCCCUCCGACCCCGCGGUGUGUGCUCGCGUGGCCCACCGGGCUCCCGCCACCAGUUUUGUUCUGAAUUUACAAUUUCUCCUGGCCCUGAGAACAAAUUAAAAUUUCUUUUAUUUUUUUUUUAUUUUUUGGGGGAAUGGAGGAGUUAGAGAAAGAGGAUAAAAAAGACUUGGAGUGUGAGGCGGAGAUGGAGGAAGGUGCCCAGGCCCCAGACUGGGACAGUGAUGAAACGGUGAUCGAGGCAUCGGUGACGGAGAGCGACCAGGAAGAAGAGUUGCCCUGGAGAAGGUUGAUUUUUAAGGAAGACACAUCUCUUAGAUCUGAGUUCAGUCUCCAUCCUGGUAUAAGUAGAACAUGCAAAGGCACUCCAGAGAUUCAACUUGAAUUCAAACUCAGAGAGGAUCCACAAGAGCAACUGAAUAAAAAUCAGAUGAUGCCUAUUAGUGAGGAUGCAGUCUUACAGCAACCUCAAGAUGAAAUGGAACAAAAUGAAGCUCCGUUACAGAUUAGAAAAAGUUGUCCAGCGUUCACUGUGUCAUUUCCCCAGGCUGAACUUUCACUGAACCACCAGAGUAUUCAAGGACCUGAGGCUGAAGAUCCUAAAGUGUUAACACACCCAGAAAAGGAACUAAGUAGAGACAGAGACUCUCCUGAAAUAAGCCUUCUCUCAAGUACUACUAUUAAAGAACUUGGUACAUUUGCUGUAAAGGAGAACUUGUUAAUAGAGCCAGAGAAGGAGCCUAGCAAGGACAUCACAUUGACCAUGACUUCUGAAGAAACCAAAGAUGAAGAAAGCUCUCUUGAAACUUUUGUGUCUACCUUAGAAAAGUUACUGACAUCACCAGAAAUCACCCAGGAGGAAAGACCGAUUAGAAUAAUGAGUGAUUUUCAAUGUAGAGAGUUGAUGAACCCAUUGAGCAAUUCUUCGAGUUCCAUAUCAAUACCUUUGACAUGUCACAAAGAUUUACUAGAAAACUCAAAGGAUGAUGCAUUGCCAGCUGAGUCGUUAGCAGCCUUAAACACAUUGUCAGAAGCCAAGGUGGAACCCAUCUGUCACAGAAAAGAGGGAGAUACCAGUCUCAGUGCUGGAAAUGAAUGUUUAGGAGUGGAGCCCAGUAUGUCUCAGACUGAUGAAGAUUGUACACAAAUAGCAGAGGUGAAUUUUGAGACUCUUUGUUCUACUCAACCAGUUGAACAAGAUUCCAAGUUAGGUGAGCUACAGGACAAGCAUCUUUCAGUGCAGCAAAGUCUAGAAGACCCAAAUCCAUUUGGAUUGCAAACUUUGGUUCAUCAAAAUGUCACCUCUUGUGAUCCACUAAAUAAUAAGGGAAAUUCAAAGCCGGUGGAAAAUAGCUCUGACCAGGACACUCCAUGUGUGUUAAGGAGAUCAUCCAGACUGAAAGUAGGCAGAGAUGCAAAGCCCACAGAUGACAUAUAUAAGAUGCCAGAAAAGAUUUUACCCAAAAUACUUGGCUGUGAGGAUCAAACAAAUAAUAACUCUUCAACUGAGAAUUUCAGAAUGCAGAAUCCUGCUUUAAGGAUUGAAGGUAAAGGGAAGACUGUGCAUUCAUCCAGACUCAAGAGUGGAGAACAGAUCAGGAAAAACAGAAAAGUUGCAGGGAAAAAUGAAAAAAUGAAGAUGAAUAAAGUAUCUCGUUGUAACAUUAACCGUAGAAACAUCUUUGGAGAGAACUUACUGUAUAAAGCUGCUCUGAACAACGACGCUAAUCUUGUUCAUCAUUAUAUGAAGAAAGGUGGAGAUGUUAAUCAGCCAAGUUAUGCUGGUUGGACAGCACUUCAUGAAGCUAGUGUAGGAGGAUUUUAUCAGACAGCAUGUGAACUAUUAAAGGGUGGAGCAGAUGUAAAUAUCAGAGGAAUGUACCAGAUCACUCCCCUACAUGAUGCUGUGAUGAAUGGACAUUAUAAGGUGGCACAGUUACUUCUUUUGAAUGGAGCAGAUCCUUUAUUUAGAAAUGACAGUGGAAAGUGUGCUUUGGAUGAAGCCAAAGACUCAUGUAUGAAGCGUCUCCUUGAGAGAUAUGUUCCUAAACAUCAAAAGCAUCUUAUAUCAGCGCAGACAAAUAGCACUGACCCUUCAGACUUAGAGGAUGAACACCACCACAAGAAACCAAAAUUCAGUUCUAAAAAUCACAGUGGGUUUGUUUGUGAUGAAAAUUCCAAGAGACAGAAGCCAGAACAUGUAAAAGUCAAUAAAGGAAGCAAAGAGGGUUUAUUUAUAAAUAAAGAAGAUGUAUAUGAACAUUACCAAAAAGAUUCCCAAAACACUAAAUUUGGUAAAUCCAAGUAUAAACGAUCAGCUCUUAACCAAAUAUACUCGACAGGACUCAGAAAGGACAAUCUCCAUGGUGUUGAGGAUCCCAGCACAAAUGUGUCUGAAGAUAAAGGAAGAAGAAAUACACGACAUAAAAGAACUCAAGUCGAUGAUGCAAUCCAAGAAAGCAAUCCAAGAAAGACAAUAGCUGUCUCUUCUUCCAGAAAAAUAAACAGAUUGGUUACUUGUCAACAACAUACUCUCCAAACCCUUGAUGACCUUCCAGAAAAGUCAUGUAAACCUUUUAGCCCAUCUCUGUCAGGCCUGAAAAAUGGUUUAAGUAAUGAUGUUGAGACUUGUUCAUUUCCCAAAGAGACACAUACCCAAAGCCUGGAUUUAUCAGAUAGACAAGAAAUAAAAUUUUUGGAAUUAGAAUCCACUGACCAAGCUGAAGCCGUUUCUUUCUCAGGACUUUCUUUACAUAAAAAAACCGAGUUACCACUUGUUGCUACAGAUCAGCAGCCUCAUACUCACCAAGAACAGCAGCACAUUAGCCCUUAUAAAUCUCAUGAAAACAGUAACUCAGGUCAAAAAGAUGAGAGCCCUAAUAAGUGGGAAAACUCUUCCCCAUCCUUUAUAAAGGAAAAUUUUAAUAAUGAUGAUGAUGGUGAUUCCUGUGCUCCUGAGGAGACUGUAACAUUUAAAAAGGUGAUAAGUUCUUCAGGUUGCAAAAACCAUGAUAAUUAUAAAGAGAAUAAAACAAAUAGAGAAGAAAUGGAUUUUCAACAAUUUUUACCUUCUCAAGACCAUUUUUCACAGGAAAAUGAGUUAAUAAAAGCAGGCAGCCUAACCAUAUUUCCACAACAGGAAGCUGUUAAUUUUUCUAAUUCAGAUAAUAUAAUAGUUUCUGAACAUGUUUCAGAUUAUGAACAAUGUACAUGUGGAACUUCUUUUGAUCACUCACAUGGCAGUCCUGAACAUACUUCCCUUGCUUGUACAAGAACACUCUCAACACAUGAAGUUUCAAAGUUGACUAGUCACGUGGAACUAUUCGAGAGGCCUCAGGAUUGUAGCCCCAGAAUACCAACUCCUUUAAUGAAUCAAACGGAUACACAUAUUGUGGAAAAGGUGAAUAAGGAAGGAGACACUAAAAGGAAUUACACUGACAAAGGCCAAAAACCAAGUUCUUCAAAUAGGCCUUUAUCCAGAGUUGUUCAUUCUCAAGUAAUGGAAACAACUAAAGUUGAAAAAAGGAGACAAGAGAUCAAAACUAUACAUAGUAUAGGCUUUCAGUCCACUGACAAUACCAGUAAAGAAUUGACUGUCUCACAGCUUAGUCAAAGAGAAGAGAAGGAAAUUUCUCACAAACCAGGUAGUGAGGAAUUAACUAAUAAUGUCAAUGGAGAUGAAAACACUAUAAGAAAUUGUGAGGAGAAGAAAGAAAAAACAGAUUCAGAAAUUCAAAUGCCUACUAACAUCCAGGAACACAAAAAAGUUCAGAAUUUCAGAAAAAGGCAAAAUUUCUUGAAAGCUACCUGCAGCCAAGAAAUGAAAACAGCUGGGAUCAAUAAGAGGCAUGCCAGAGGAGAAAGCCGGCUUCAUUUGGCUGCCAGAAGAGGAAACUUGUCUCUGGUGAAAGCUCUGAUAGAAUCUGGAGCAGAUGUGAAUCUAAAAGAUAACGCAGGUUGGACACCACUUCAUGAGGCAGCUAGUACGGGAUGUAAUGAUAUAAUUGUAGAGUUGUUAAAAGCUAGUGCUAAUGUUAAUUGUGAAAAUGUAGAUGGAAUUCUGCCCUUACAUGGUGCUGUUGCAAACAACCAUUUAAAGGCAGCUGAGAUUCUGCUACAACAUGGAGCAAACCCUAAUCAAAAGGAUCAAAAGCAGAAGACUGCUUUGGAUGAAGCAGAUGAUAAAAACAUGAAAGAGCUGCUAAAAUCUUAUGGUGCUAUUGAGACUGACAAUAGAGAUGAGAGUAAUGCUGUAGUCACUGUAAAAAUUCCUGCUAUCCAGGCAAAAAGACAUAAACAGUGUUUUUGUGAUGACUGCAAAACUGUUGAUACACGUUCUAUUUCACACCAAGAAAAAACAAAAGAAAACCUCGCCAUGCAUCAGACCAUCAGUGCCAUUCUACAAGAUUUAGAAGAAAAACAAGAAAAUUUGUUAGCGUUUGAAAUAAGAACCCCUGAAGAUGCAGAACAAUACACUGAUAAGAUGUUAGAGAUAAAGGAGGUUAUGGACAACGUGCUUACCAAACAGAAGGCAGAAAGGGAUGAUUUAGCUAAAAAAUACAGGGUGUCCAUAGAGUCAUUUAAGCAUGGAGUCCUGAGAGACCAACUAGCUAACUUGGCCACAAGGCAGAAGAGCCUUUUACUUGUAGCAAAAAAACAGAAAAAAAUAAGCCAGAAAAUUCAGAACUAUAAGAAUGUUACAUCUUUGUCUGGUCUUAGUUUCAAGAAGCUGCCAUUGAGCUCAGAAAUCUCUAAUGAAAAGGACAGCCAAGAGUUUACUAGUCUGGAAAAUUCAGUACAGCCCCAGUCAUGUUCAGUUUCUCCUGUCAGCCUUGUUUGUGGAAGCAUGCAGGAAACACAGUUGUCUUUGGAAAUCUGGCAUGACAACCAAAAUACCAACACUUGUCUAAAUUCAAAGACAGUGAGAAGGGAAGAAUUUUCUGGAAAUGAACUGAAUUCUAAACAAAGUGUCAGUGACUGUACCUUAGAUAGAUUAUCAAAAUCCAGACUUUCAGAUGGCACUAAGAAGAUUAAAUUACAAUCGCAACCUAUUUCUUUUAUUGCUCAAGCAGAAUAUUCACAAAAAGAAAAUGAUCUUACAGAUACUACAGCCAAAGGGCAUGAGUCUUUUAGUCCUUCAGCAGUAAAUGGCACAUUAAAGAUUUCAGAAACCGCAAGUGUAUUUGCCCACAAUGAUGCCAAUCCAUCAACUAUUAUUUGUGAUCAGGCUCUUUCCAAUUGUGAUCCAAAAAAAGGAAACAGGAAAACAGCUUCGCAGCAACCACAUAUGGGGACAUCAGAAUCCCUGGUACAUCAAGGGAUUGAUGUCUUUGGCAGUAAUACGGGGCAUCAGGUGAAAGCUUAUCUUAGAAAAUCAGCUCUUGCUGUUCCACAUGCAAAUGAUAGUCAGAGCUCCUCCUCCUCUGGGUCUGGCCGUCAACAUACUGUAAAAAAUCCUUCAAAAUACAGCACAACUCCUAAAAAGAAAUGUAUGCAGAUAAAGGAUCUGAUAUUGCUAGGAAGAAUUAAUCCGGGAAAUAAUAUUCUGGAAUUCAAAACACAGGAGACUACCCAUAAAGCCAGUGUUUUAUUGAAUGGCAAAAUUAAGGUAGAAAAUGGUCAGAUUUAUCAAAACCCAGUCAUCUGGCUCAAGGAUCUUCUAGGAGCUGAUAGUUACGUGACCUGGAAUUAUGCUUGGAGUAAGGUAACAUACCAGGGGAAGGAACUUUUAAAGUAUAUUUCUGAGGAAUUACCCUUGCCUCCAGACCCAAACUUGGUACCUCAGCAACAUCAACCUUGUCUUCCAGCUCCAUGGUAGCAGCCUCUCCUCUCAUCAUCCCAGAACUACAUGCUUCCAGAUUCAAGUCCAGAGGGCAAGAAUUUGGAUGUGACUCUUUCCCAGAAGGCGAAACAAAGAUCUCAUUGCAUGUAACUUCACUCCGAAUGGGUUGUGUUCUUACCCUGAAUCAAUGCCUGUUCACUGAUUGGCCUAGAUCUAAACAAAUCAGGAGAUGAAUGUUGGAAGGAAGAGAUAGUGAAUUAUAUCCCCUGAACUGAACAAGAACUUUCAGACCAAAAAACUAAGCAGGCAACUCCGUAAAGGGUAAUUGUGAAGUUUAUUGUGGGUAACUUACAUACGGGUAGGAAGGAUCAGGCAGAGAUGAUCCAGAAGCAUUCCUAGCCGACUCUGCCUCUGAAAAGGGUAAGGAGGAUUUAAAGGGACCAAAGCUAAAAACAGAAUCUGACCACUUGGGAGAAGUGUGGUUGGUCCACACUGACAGGAACCCCUGUUUUUCCUCCCUGCCCUUCCCUGAGGGGUCUCAUGACUGUUAACUACCUGCAUCAGCAAAAGGCAUUCUUCCAGUUUUCAUAUCAGUUGAAGACAAGGGUAAGCUGAUAGAGAACUGUUAACUAUCUGCGUCAGCAAAGGCAUUCUUCCAGUUUUCAUAUCAGAUGAAGACAAAGGUAAAAGCUGGCUUGGGCGCAUUCCUUGUGAGUAGGCUAAAGUACAGUCAUGCAGAAAGGGAAGGGAUAGGACUGCAGACCUAAGAUGGAGCUGACAAAAUGGAGUCAGUGUGGUUCAGCCACACAGUUCAGAACAAUUCCACCAGAAGCACAUGGACCAAGUGUGGGGAAAGGGAUUGUCCUCCAGAGGCAAAUUAGGGUGGGAUCACCAUUAGAAGGAUAAAUGGGUACUUUAUCAGGAGCGCCAGAUAUCCAUGCAGAUGUGUAACCGUGUAAACAUUUGUACUGCUUAGAAUUAUGAACAAAGCACUUGGACUAUACAUACGUCUAUCUGAAACUGUCUGGCUGAGGUCACACAGAUAGCAUGUUGGUGCUAACCUUGGAAUAAGAUUCAACUAUUUGAAUGACGUAUAGCUCAUAUAGCCAGUCUCCAAGAAAGGAAUCUCUGAGACUGUCAGGGAGCUUAAAGAAGCCAGUUUUAGUAUCAUUGGCUCUUAAACUGGCAGAGCUAAAAGGGACCCUGCUGAUCAUCAACUCUCUCACCUCUCAGAGGCGAUGGAAAUCUAGAUAAGCCAUAUAACUUGCUUGAGAUCACAACCAAGUUUGUGUGACCUAGAAAAUUGAUCAUCCAUCUUCCAGCCUAACACUCUUUUUAGUAAUAACUACCUGCUAUAAUAAUAGCAGCUACUAUUUAUUGAGUGGUUGCUCUGUAUUAGGCAGUCGACAGGCAUUUCACAUGCAGUAUCUCAUUUAAUCUUUACAACUGUUUUAUUCUCAAUUUAUUGGAAAUUGAGGCACAGAGGGGCUUUGUAUAACUACCUUCAGAAGCUUCAGUUAUCCAUUUUUUGCCUUGGUGUUUUAGACUGCAAACAGGCUUCUUUCUUCCAAGAUAGGUCAGUGCUGAUUUACAGCUUUAUCUUGGGUAUAGAAAAUGGAGUGAGUGAAGAAUGACCUGGUCAGAAAACCUGUUAUAUGUGCUCAUAGACUUGACUAGGGUCUAGGGUUCGUAAUAAGUAAAUUUAAAUCUUAUUUUUUACCUUUUUAAAAAUUUAUUUUUUUAACAUCUUUAUUAGAGUAUAAUUGCUCUACGAUGGGAUGUUUGUUUCUACUUUAUAACAAAGUGAAUCAGCCAUACAUAUAUCCCCAUAUCUCCUCCCUCCUCCGUCUCGCUCCCACCCUCCCUAUCCCAUCCCUCUAGGUGGUCGCAAAGCACCAAGCUGAUCUCCCUGUGCUAUGUGGCUGUUUCCCACUAGCUAUCUGUUUUACAUUUGGUAGUGUAUAUAAGUCCAUGCUAAUCUCUCACUUCUUCCCAGCUCACCCUUCCCCCUCCCCGUGUCCUCAAGUCCAUUCUCUACAUCUGCGUCUUUAUUCCUGUCCUGCCUCUAGGUUCUUCAUAACCUUUUUUUUUUUAGAUUCCAUAUAUAUAUGUUAACAUACAGUAUUUGUUUUUCUCGUUCUGACUUACUUUGUGUGACAGUCUCUAGGUCCAUCCACCUCACUACAAAUAACUCAAUUUCAUUUCUUUUUAUGGCUGAGUAAUAUUCCAUUAUAUGUAUAUGUGCCACAUCUUCUUUAUCCAUUCAUCUGUCCGUGGACACUUAGGUUGCUUCCAUGUCCUGGCUAUUGUAAAUAGAGCUGCAAUGAACAUUGUGGUACAUGACUCUUUUUGAAUUAUGGUUUUCUCAGGGUAUAUGCCCAGUAGUGGGAUUGCUGGGUUGUAUAGUAGUUCUAUCUUUAGUUUUUUAAGGAACCUCCAUACUGUUCUCCAUAAUGACUGUAUCAAUUUACAUUCCCACCAACAGUGUAAGAGGGUUCCCUUUUCUCCACACCCUCUCCAGCAUUUAUUGUUUGUAGAGUUUUUGAUGGCCAUUCUGACCAGUGUGAGGUGAUACCUCAUUGUAAUUUUGAUUUGCAUUUCUCUAAUGAUUAGUGAUGUUGAGCAUCCUUUCAUGUGUUUGUUGGCAAUCUGUAUAUCUUCUUUGGAGAAAUAUCUAUUUAGGUCUUCUGCCCAUUUUUGUAUUGGGUUGUUUGUUGAUAUUGAGCUGCAUGAGCUGCUUGUAAAUAUUGGAGAUUAAUCUUUUGUCAGUUCCUUCGUUUGCAAAUAUUUUCUCCCGUUCUGAUGGUUGCCUUUUCAUCUUUUUUAUGGUUUCCUUUGCUGUGCAAAAGCUUUUAAGUUUCAUUAGGUCCCAUUUGUUUAUUUCUGUUUUUAUUUCCAUUUCUCUAGGAGGUGGGUCAAAAAGGAUCUUGCUGUGAUUUAUGUCAUAGAGUGUUCUGCCUGUGUUUUCCUCUAAGUUUGAUAGUGUCUGGCCUUACAUUUAGGUCUUUAAUCCAUUUUGAGUUUAUUUUUGUGUAUGGUGUUAGGGAGUGUUCUAAUUUCAUUCUUUUACAUGUAGCUCUCCAGUUUUCCCAGCACCACUUACUGAAGAGGCUGUCUUUUCUCCACUGUAUAUUCUUGCCUCCUUUAUCAAAAAUAAGGUGACCAUACGUGCAUGGGUUUGUCUCUGGGUUUUCUAUCCUGUUCCAUUGCUCUAUAUUUCUGUUUUUUUGCCAGUACCAUACUGUCUUGAUUACUGUAACUGUGUAGUAUAGUCUGAAGUCGGGGAGCCUGAUUCCUCCAGCUCCAUUUUUCUUUCUCAAGAUUGCUUUGGCUGUUCGGGGUCUUUUGUGUUUCCAUACAAAUUGUGAAAUUUUUUGUUCUAAUUCUGUGAAAAAUGCCAUUGGUAGUUUGAUAGGGAUUGCAUUGAAUCUGUAGAUUGCUUUGGGUAGUAUAGUCAUUUUCACAGUGUUGAUUCUUCCAAUCCAAGAACAUGGUAUAUCUCUCCAUCUGUUUGUAUCAUCUUUAAAUCUUAUUUUUUAAAAGACAGUUUUUAAUUUGUUGACUCUUCUUCAAACAGGAACUUCCAAAGGGUCAAUGAAAAGCAUCCCACAUUAUCUUCAAAUAAAUGAAAUACUGUUAAUCAGCGAUCAGGAAUUUCUCCCAUGCCAUAUAAUGGAUGAGCAUUGGAAGUUCUAUGUGGAAUGUGAGGAGCUAACAUUC